GAAUGUUUGAAAUAUUGUUUCGUCCCUCUGUCUGCUGAUCUUAGUUCAGUGACUUUGUCUACUUCAAAACAUGGCGGCAACAACGCCAACGAAAAUGCAGCCUCCAAAUAUUACGCUAGAAACAACUAUGGGUUCUGUUGUUGUGGAAUUAUACUGGAAACAUGCCCCAAACACAUGCCGAAAUUUUGCAGAAUUAUCUCGAAGAGGAUAUUACAAUGGAGUAAAGUUUCACAGAAUAAUCAAGGACUUCAUGAUACAGGGAGGUGAUCCAACAGGAACAGGGCGUGGAGGAGCUUCAAUAUAUGGCAAAAAUUUUGAGGAUGAACUUGCUGAUGACUUGAAGCAUACAGGUGCAGGGAUCUUGUCCAUGGCCAACAGUGGACCCAAUACUAAUGGCAGCCAGUUCUUCAUUACACUAGCCCCUACUCAGUGGUUAGAUGGCAAACACACAAUUUUUGGGCGGGUGUUUUCAGGCAUGAGUGUUGUGCAGCGAAUUGGCAUGGUGGAGACAGACAGCAAUGACAGACCUUUAGAAGAGGUGAAGAUCAUUAAAGCCUACCCUAGUCCUACAUGAACAGAAGUAAACCUUAAAAUCACA